UCGUAGGAUAUGAGUUCGAUUCUGAUUAAGAUGAGAUCCGAUUUUCUUAAAAUAUAUUUUAAAUAAAAGAUUAUUGUUUUGUUUCUCAAAUUUUCUACAACAAUUCGUCGAUUCCCAUUUCCUUUUCCCACUGCAACCGCCAACCCCCAGAUCCACCUCCACCAAAACACCUCCCAUCCGCCAUUAACAAACCUUAGAGUUCUUCCCCCCAAAUGACGACUUACGGAACAAUACCCACUUCCCAAUCUCCAGACCCUCCAUUAACAAACUUCGAAUUCAUCUCACGCGCUAAAAACAAGAUUCAAUCAACUCUCACAUCUCGUCGUCCAUGGAACCUCUUCUUUUCUCUUUCCUCUCUAUCUCUCCCUUCAUCCAUUAACGAAUCCCUUCUUCGAAUGAAAACAAACCUCUCUUUUUUCCGCAUGAACUACGCCAUAAUCGCUCUUAUAAUCCUCUUCACCUCUCUCUUAUGGCACCCAGUUUCUCUCAUCGUCUUUCUCAUAACAAUGUCUGCUUGGCUUUUCCUCUACUUCCUCCGUGAUUCCCCUUUAAUUCUUCUAGGUCGUAGUGUCGAUGAUAAGAUUGUCCUCGCUUUUCUCGCUGCUUUAACAAUUGGGUUUCUGCUUUUCACUGAUGUUACAACAAAUAUCGUGGCGGCCAUAUCGAUUUCUUUGGGGGUUAUUUUGUUGCACGGGACGUUUAGAAUGACGGAGGAUCUGCCAUUAAUGGGUGGAUUUGAGGAUGAGAGUGGUACACGGGUUUCAUAUACCCGUACUACUGGUGGAUUGGGUGAACGCCUUCCGUUAAAAGAUACGGCGUCGUCUUCUUUCUCGGCGUCAUGAUUGAACCUUCUUCUCGGCGUGUAAUCUGAAAUUGUAAUGUUUCAUGUAAGUUUACUUUCUUUACUUGCUUCAAUUUCUGCUACUGAUUUGUGCAAUUGUCAAUUUUUUUAGGGAGAUAUAGGUAAUGUAAUUUCGAUUCCCUUUAUUUUUUCUGGUUCGAAAUUUUGAUUUGUAUGUUGAAUUACUGAGGGCAAUUUGGAAAUGAUUUUUGCCUAAUUUGAUUUGUAUGAAAUUCGGUUGUUGGUUUA